AUGGAAUCUUCUACAAAGGUAUUGGGAUUAAAAUGGGAUCCCUUAUCAGAUAAUUUUUCAUUCGAAAUAAAGCUUACGUGGAGAAAAUGGACAAAGAGACAACUUCUUUCAGUAAUAGCGCGAAUCUGGGAUCCUCUGGGUUUCCUAACUCCGAUAGUUGUUAAGAUAAAAAUAUUAUUGAAAAAAAUUUGGACAUUAAAAAUCGAUUGGGAUGAGGAAUUACCAUCAUUUAUUAUUACAUCAUGGUUAGCCGUAUAUUCCGAAUUAGAGCAUCUUAAUAACUAUCAGAUUCCGCGUUAUCUCGAAACAUCAAAACAAAACAAAUGUUCAUUAUUUGGUUUCGCGGAUAGUUCAGAGCAAGCGUAUGGAGCGGUAGUUUAUAUUAAAUCUCUUGGCAAUCCGAAUUUCUUGUUGAUUUCAAAAUCGCGUGUAACACCGAUUAAAAACCAAACAUUAGCCAGGCUUGAACUUUGUGCCUGUCAUUUACUGUCAAAACUUCUGAAUUUUAUAUUAACGAAUAACCAACAUAGUAUAGAUUUUGAUUCUAUUUACUGUUUUUCCGAUUCUAUGAUUGUCCUUCACUGGUUAGCAGGACCGGCUACUCGUUGGAAAACAUUUGUAGCCAAUAGGGUAACAAAAAUACGGGAUCUCAUUCCUAAUGCACAAUGGCUUCACAUUCCUUCUAAUCAAAAUGCAGCCGAUUGUGUUUCUCGAGGUCUUCGACCUAAGGAUUUUAUCCAACAUAAGAAUUGGUUGUUUGGGCCGGAUUGGUUGAAUGGUCCUAUAUCAACUUGGCCUGCAAAAACGGUUGAACCUUCCGGAGAUAUUGAUCAAGAAAGAAAAGCUAACGCUCUAAUAGUAAAGAGUGUCAUACCACCGAUCAAUCCUUUAUAUGAAUUAACGCAAAAAUUUUCUAAUUGGUGCAAACUUGUAAGAAUUUUCGCUUAUAUAUUGAAGUUUUGUAAAAUUAUAACAAAUCGAAACCGACUUUUGACUUCAGAUUUGAAACAAGCCGAGGUUAUUAUUAUUCGUUUAGUCCAAGAACAUCAUUUUCCCGAAGAAUUCAAACUAUUAACGAACGGAAAGUCUUGUUCGAAGAAGUUUUGCCGACUAAAUGUGGUUUUGGAUUCUAAUAAUUGUUUACGCGUUAAAGGUAGAUUAGGAUUAACAACUAAUAACAAUCCACUUCUUUUGCCAAAAAAAGACCAAGUAGUAAAUUGUCUCAUAGAUUACUACCAUAUUAAUAAUUUACAUACUGGAUCAAACUUAGUAUUAUCUUUAUUGAGGCAAAAAUAUUGGAUCUUGUCGGCUCGUGCAAUAAUUCGUAAUCGUCUUAACAAGUGUAUAACUUGUUUUCGACAGAAUCCGAAACCCAUUUUUCCAUUCAUGGGCGACUUACCAGUACCGCGCAUAACAGCCAGUAGAGCUUUCCUAAACGUCGGCGUUGAUUAUGCAGGCCCCUUCAAUAUCUCCAUGAGUCGUCACAGAGGCGCUCGAACCUACAAGGCUUAUAUAUGCUUGUUCAUCUGUUUAGCCACUAAGGCGAUACAUCUCGAAUUAGCUUCAGAUUUAACAAGCGAUACAUUUUUAGAUUGCUUGAAACGAUUCCUAGCCCGGCGUGGUCCUAUUAAAUGUAUUUACUCCGAUUGUGGAACCAAUUUUAUAGGAGCCAAAAAUACUCUUGAUUCCUUAUUCCUUCUCCUAAAUUCCGAAGAGUAUAAAAAGCGUUUCAAUGAAUUAUUGGUUUUACAUGACAUUGAAUGGAAAUUUAAUCCACCGUUUGCCCCACAUUUUGGAGGUAUAUGGGAGGCGAAUAUUAAAUCAGUGAAGACCCAUUUGUUUAAAGUUAUAGGGUUGCAAAUUUUAUCCUACGAAGAGUUUAAUACAGUCCUCAAUCAAAUCGAAGCCUUACUGAAUUCAAGACCGUUAUGUUGGCUGAGCAAUGAUCCAUCGGAUCCUCAACCUCUUACGCCUGCGCACUUCUUAAUGCAAGAGCCUCUGUCGGAUUUGCCCGUUGACUAUGAAAACUUGAAUUUGACUAAAAGAAAACAAUUGUUAGAUCAUAUUGUCGCUUCUUACUGGAAGCGAUGGAAUGUGGAAUAUCUAACCGAGCUACAGGUCCGACAGAAAUGGAAUACAGUCACUAAUCCUAUUAAAAAGGGUGAUUUGGUAGUUGUAAAACAAGAGAAUGCGCGUCCGCUCAUUGGGGGUUGGGAAGAGUUGAAGAGGUUUUUCCGGGCCCGAUGGAGUGGUUCGAGUAGCAUUGGUAAAAACGGGAAAUACCCUAAUCAAGCGGCCUGUUGUCAAACUAUGCCCCCUACCUAUUCAAUAGUUUAUAUCUGA